CAAACAUUUAAACAUUUAUGGUUUAUAGGACAAAUCACAAGGAAGGUCAGUCUAAGAGAGUGCAAUGGUCGACAACAGCAAUCGUAAAGUGUUGAUCGCUAUGGACGGAAGUGAAUAUUCCGAGGAAGCUCUGAAAUGGUUUGCAAGUAAAGUGUACAAAAAUGAAGAUGAUGUUAUUGUGCUCCACGUGACAGAUCAUAAAGAAUCUCUAUCCUAUUCAUCUCCCUGGUUACCUAUGGACCCCAUGAUAUUCCAAAUGAAAGUAAAGGAGGAGGAAGACAAGGCCAAAGAAACAAUCAAGAAAGUGGAUGCCUUAAUCAAGGAUGUCGGGAUUAAAGCACACGUCAUUCGAGCCCAUGGCAAUCCCGGAGAACAGAUCACUAAAAAGGCUGAAGAACUGGGUGUCAGCAUGGUCAUCAUUGGAUCUCGUGGACUGGGAACGAUCAGGCGGACUAUAAUGGGGAGUGUCAGCGAUUUUGUGUUACACCAUUCGCACAUACCUGUCGUGAUAUUUCGCCAUUAAUGAAAUAUAGAUAUAUCAUAUUAAUCACGAACAACCCGUACCAUUACUGUCAAAAUCUUAUAAUGAACAGCUGCCUUUUAGUGUUUUUAAUGUUGCUUAUGAUCAUCACUAUGAAAAAUCAAGCUCUCUACUUGAGUAGAAGAAUUGAUUUUAAGAUUUCAUAGAUCUUGUUGUUCUGUAAGAAAUUGGUUCUAAAUGCUUUUGAAAGACAUAUGUUUCAUGUACAUGAGUUCAAAUAAUACAUUUAUUUAAUAAUUCAACACUUACCAGAGAUUCUGUAUAGUAUUGUAUUUUGACAGUCCGUUAUGAAGUAUCAUAUAACAAAGAAAGAUACUUUGCGGGUUCCAGUUAAUGUUCAACCAAGCCUCUUCCUUUACUCCUCACUAAGAUAUUUCCAGUAAUGAAGGAGAAACUUCAAGAGUACUGCGCAACAAUAUAUUCAAGAAGUGAUGUGAAUCAGAUGUGGAUACUUAAAAAUUUCAAAGAACUAUUGAAAUCACAAGAUUUUACCAAAAUCAACAGCUUAAAAACUUAUGACUUUUUAACUUAAUAAACAACCCAUUCCCCACGAUAAAUUAAAGUCCAGGCUUUUUGAUAUCAUUGACAGCUGCUUUUUCAUUUAAAUAAAAGUGGAACUUAUG